CACUAGUUUAACAUCAACUAGCAAUGUGGUUUACAAACCUUCUUCUAUGUUUGCUUUUUGCAUACAGUACCGGUUCAACUUUUCCAAAUCUAUUCCACACUGGAAGAGUAGAGGAAAUUUCUUUAAGAUUUGCGGACAGAAAUUCCAAUACCAAAAUAGAAGCCGACGAGUUUCAAAGAGAGAUAAUGAAAUACGACACCAAUUAUGAUGGCAAACUAUCCCAAUCAGAAUUAUCCAACUGUAUCAUACCUUGGUCUUUUUUUCAAUCCAAUGGGGAUGUAACCGAUGUCCAACCUGCAUUUAUUGCAAUGGAUAAAAAUACCCUCUUACCUACAUCACUGACAGGGGGAAACUGGGUUGAAAAAUCUGAAGAUGAUGGAAGUUUAUCCUUCCAAGAAGCCAGAAAUCCGUACUAAUUUGAUUGGAAAAUAAACUGUCUGCACG